AUGACGGUGCAAUUUGUUGCUUAAACUUGACUAAUUACUCUUGAUGUUUUCGAAUUUCAGUACUCAAGCAACCCGAUCACUUUUGGAUCAGGUGAAUUUGCUAAUAUGGACGUCAACAGGAAGCCAAAAUUACGAGAUGACUUUGCAAGUGACGCUUGGAGUUUUGGCAGCAAUUACCACCAGUCCAGUCAAUCUAGAAAGAUGUCUAUUGGAAUUGUGAUAGAUUCAGUUGCUAAAUGCAGCCAAAAACUAAAGCAAGUUGAAGAUCAGGCGCACACGGCAGCAGUUAAAACUUCUAGCAAAGGGACAUCUGUUGAAGAUGGGACAACCAUGUCUGGGAAAACUUCAAGCAAAGGGAAUUUUACAAAUGACAGAAACAAGAAGGAAAAAGCGAAUGCAUCUGCUGUCAGAAAUCAAAGAGAGCCCACAGAGCAGCAGACAUCUCCUUGGAUAUCCACUAAAACCCUCCACCAUGAACCAACUUUGGAGGCAGUUACUCCAGCAGAGAAACCUUCAUUCUCAAAGGGCGUAUCUGAGAUGUCCAACAGAUCAAACAGAGUGGAGGAAGGACCAGCAAAGUCUUUCGUAAACCAGACGCGGACUUUACAGUUUGACAAAUCCAAGAAGGUAAGGGGGGAUGCUGCUACAGAGAGAGGGGGGAAAUUUGCAUCCAAAACUGCGCUGGAAGACAUGCCUGAAAAAGAAGUCAAAGUGAAAAAUACCAAAGCAGAAAGUGCAGGCAAUGCAACUUUAAGAUUGAAGCUUCGGGAGAUCUUAGGAACUGUUGCUUCCCAAAACACGCAACGUCCAGAUUCUCUAGUUCCCAAGCAGGAUGCAAGAACCUCGCAACCAGAGAAGAAAGACAGUGGAUAUCAUGUUGGUGAACCUAGGCAAAAUUCAGAUACUAUAGAAACUGAUACUCAAAGUCAUGAGUACGCUAUUAGGAGACCGAUUACUCGUUCUUUAGCUAGAAAAAGACCUCCUGCUAAGUUGAAAUCACAAAGUAGAAAGAGACCACCGGCAUGUAAAGAGGACCUCGUAGAGAAAAAUGUCUUCCUUCCUAAAGAUCGGUGGUGUAGGAACUUAGGUGAUGGUGGCACUGACAGUCCUUUGAUGGUAUAUGAAAGGAGAGGCAAGAGGAAGAGUCACCACAUAGAAGCAUCUACGAUUUGCGAGCAGAACAAAGAAAGGAAAGAUGAAGACACAAGGAAUAAUAGUAAAAGGGUACCAGUUCCUGAGAAAUUUGUAUAUCCUGGUGUUGCAGCUGGUAAUGGUACUACUUUGUUUCCGGAGAAAAACAACGAGAUGGUCCAGCUAAAUGCUGAUAACCUUGAAUCGCCUGUUGUGGAAAUGACUGAGCAGCUGAGAAAUCUGCAAGAACAUAUAGAUCAGAAAGGAAACUCAGCAGAAAAAUCCAAGAGGAGAGCAUUGGACUCGGAGUCUGACAAACAAAGCCUAGCUUUUGCAACGAAAAAACUAGGCAGAAAAUCUUUUCCAGGGCUUGCACCAAGAAGCAAUCUGGGGGAACUACAUGGUGAUGGUCAUGAAAAUAGAACAUCAAUUACUGAGCAGCUGAGAAAUCUGCAAGGACAUAUAGAUCAGAAAGGAAACUCAGCAGAAAAAUCCAACAGGAAAGCAUUGGACUCGGAGUCUGACAAAGAAAGCCUAACUUUUGCAAUGAAAGCACCUGCCAGAAAAUCUUUUCCAGGAUUUGCACCAAGAAGCAAUCUGGGGCAACUACAUGGUGAUGGUAAUGAAAAUAUAACAUCAAAAACUGAGGGCAUUUGUAAGGUCAAGAGCUUUGAUGGACUUAAACGAGAAUAUAAGUCCAAUACACCCGAUGAAUCAUCAGAUGAUGCAGGGAAUUUGGAAAGUUCUCCUUUUCUGGAAUCAAGACCUAUCAUGGAAGAAGAUACACAGAUUAGGUUUUCUAAACCAUUAUCCAUGGAAAGUGAUCCCGACGGCUCUGAAGACAGUUCAAAUAUUCAAGCUGAUACACAGCCACCAUCGUCUCCUGAAAUGGGUAAAUCCAGGGAACAACAGGCUCCUCGACCAAACAAAAGGCUCUUCAACAAAGGUUGUGCUAAUCUUUCUGGAGUUAGUCCUGCUGCAGCGUCUUCUAAAGGAAUUAAUUGUAGGAAACUUGAGAGGCGUUUAGAACAGAAUGAAGAGGAUCCGCUAACUAGUGCCAUCACCUUAUUUGCUUUCUCGUUAGAGAAAGUUAGAAGUAAACUGAAGUCUGUGUGUAAUCAAAGAUCGGCUGAGAUCCUGAAGUCAGUUGCUGAGAAAAUACAUAUGCAGUUGCAGAAUGCUGAAUUUCAGAUUCAAGCAGACAUGGGGAGGAUAACCAGUCUGAAUAAAUCAAAGAGAAAGCAUGUAGAAGAAGUGCUUCAAGAGAAACAACAACAUCUGAAUGCCAUAUAUGAAACAUUUAAAGAAGAGGUCAAUCGGCAUCUCCAGGAUUGCAAGAGCACACUUGAAUCUCUAGAAGCACACGAAGUCGAAGUGAAAGCAAUUGUGGAAAAGAGAAAAGCAUCAAAUAAGAAGCUACUUUUGGAAGUGGAAGAAGCAAUCGAGACUCAGCUUGACAAUGCUGAAAAAAGGGUUUCUUCGGUCCACCAUGCGGCAAGGGAGAAGAUGCGUCAGCUGAAAUUUGUGGUUGCUGAAUGCUUAAAAGAGGGUGUUCUUGGUUGAUGGUAUCGGUCAAAUGAUCUCGAGGUCUCAUGGAUCUUCAGAAGAACGUUCUUGGCAUGUAUCUCUAAAGCGUGGUAAAGAGUGGCUGUUACAUUAUUUUCCAAGGAGUGGAUUGUUUGUCUUUUCCUUGUUAGGGCGUCUAUUUUAACUUUAGAUCACUAGCUAGCACUACGGUAGAUGCUCUUAUCAAUAUUUUUGCAGAAACUUAAUUCCUCGAAUCCUUCUGUGUAGCAUGUUGUGACAAAAUUAGAGAUCACUCAGAUUAUGUUG